UAUCACAGAAAUUCUGAGCUUAAAAAAAUUUGUGAUUGUGGUGACAGAAAAGAUGAGAAGAAGAUGGUCUUUUUACAUGGAUAUUCUACCAGUUAUUGUGAUUAUAGGCAAUGAAUGUAUUGUGAUGGGUUUACUCACUUUGUUCAAAGCAGCAACACUUGAAGGAAUGAACAAUCAUGUCUUUGUUGCAUAUGCUUAUGCUGUUUGUACUUUUGUUCUUCUCCCUGUCACUCUUUUCACAAGAAGAUCAAGAGUGGUUCUUACUCCACUGAGUUUCUCCAUAAUAUGCAAAAGUUUGCUUCUUGGGGCAAUAGGAAGUGCAUCUCAGAUUCUGGACUAUAUCGGUGUUAAUUAUAGUUCUCCAACACUUUCUUCAGCAAUUGGUAAUCUCGUACCUGCUUUCACUUUCAUUCUAGCUGUCACUUUCAGGAUGGAAAAGUUAGCUAUAAAGAGUAGAAGUAGUAAUGCUAAGGUAAUGGGAAGCAUAAUAUCAAUAGCAGGUGCUUUUGUCUUGACUUUCUACAAAGGACAAUCUAUCUUGAAUUCCUCAUCACUUCAUCAACCAAUAAAAUUUUUCAAGUCAGUGGAUUCAAGUUGGGCCAUUGCUGGCAUUCUGCUAAUUGUUGACAAAUUUCUGGUUUCCCUAUGGUACAUUUUACAGGUACAUAUCUUGAAGGAGUUCCCAGAUGAACUAAGUUUAGUCUUGUUAUACUCCAUUAGUGCAACCAUAAUAUCAACAUUUGUAGCUUUGUUAUCAGUUCCAAAUGCAAGUGCUUGGAAAAUAAGACUAAAUCUCUCACUCAUCUGCAUUGUUUCCACUGGAAUAUUUGGAAAGUUAAUUGGCAAUAUAAUUUAUGCAUGGUCAGUUAACUUAAAGGGAGCUGUCUAUGUAACAUUAUUCAUACCACUCCAAAUUGUUAUUUCUGUUAUCUUGGGAGUUAUAUUCCUUGGUGAUACGCUUCAUAUCGGAAGUAUAAUUGGAGCCACAAUCAUCUCAAUUGGCCUUUAUGCUGUUUUAUGGGGCAAAGCAGCAGAAGAGAUAGAGGAAGAUAUUGGUAGUUUGGAGUCACCAUCUACAGGGGAUGCACAUGCACCUCUUUUGCAAAAUUAUAGAACUCAAACUUUUGAAAAGAAAAUAGAUGGAAAUGCUUAAAACAUUGCUAUCAAAUCAAAAUUGAAUGAUGGACUAAAAGCCUUAUAUGUCAAAGCAUGAAUAUUAAGAUAUAUACAUAAAAAAAAAACAAGACAUUUUAAGUAAAACCAAGUGAUAUAUGAAAAUAUUAAGUUGAUUCUAUCAUAUUCAAACCUUAAAAUGGAUUGUAUAGAAGUUUAUUUGAACUUAUCUCAAUGUAAAAGUACUUAUAUUAUAAUCUAAAACCCCUAACAUCAAAGCAUGAAUCUGGAUUGUAUAUGAAGUUUAUUUGAAUUCAUCUCAAUGUAAAAGUACUUAUAUUGUAAUCUAAUUAUGAACUAAAACCCCUA